UAAGUUACGCUCUUCUAAUAAUAAUAAUAAUAAUAAUAAUAAUAAUAAUAAUAACAAUAAUAAUAAUAAUAAUAAUAAUAAUACAUGAUGUAAUAAACAACAGAAUUAUAUGUUGUAAUAUACUAUGAUAAACACUGCACUUUAGGAUGGGCUUCAACCUACAAGCCAUUUCGCACCCUCUCAUUCUGCUACUAACGCAGAAGGCGAUAGCACCCAGUCGACGCCGUUCUAUUGAUCAAAUGUCAUCAUAGACGCUCGGGGAGGCAUGAGAUAGGGACUUGUGAGGACUUAGUUAUCUCACCAUUUGACGACCUAGUUACUUUGGAAAAGCAUAUUCAAGCCAAAUGAAAAACAUUCAGUUGCAUGUAUUUACCGAUGCGAGCGAGAAUGCCUAUGGUUGCGUGGCAUAUUUUCGAGCCGAGAUUGAUGGUAAAAUUUAUUGUGCGUUGGUGAUGAGCAAAAGUAAGGUCGCACCGUUGAAACCGUUGACGAUACCUCGUUUAGAGCUACAGGCGGCCGUACUAGGCGCGAGACUGGUUGAAUCCGUUCAACGAAAUCACAGUUUUAAUAUACAUCAAAUUUUUUUGUGGACAGAUUCUCGAAAUGUUCUUUCCUGGAUUAAAUCAGACCAUCGGCGAUACCGACAAUAUGUUGGAUUUCGCAUAGGAGAAAUUCUGACUCUUACUAACGUUACAGAUUGGUACUGGGUACCGACGAAGUACAACGAAGCCGAUCGUGUAACUAAAUGGAAAGGCGAUACAAGUUUCAAUUCAGAUAGUUCGUGGUUCAAAGGCCAGUUGUUUUUAAGUCGAGAUACAUCAGAAUGGCCCAAGCAACCAUCGAUUUCUGCAAAUACAAACGAAGAAAUUAAAGCACAUCUCUUAGUUCACGACGUAUUUUUAACAAAGUUCUUGGUUGACAUAAAUCGAAUUUCGAAAUGGACGGUCUUGGUUCGUACGAUUACUUGUGUUUAUAGAUUUAUCUCCAAUUGUAAAAGACUACUGGAAGGUCGCUCCUUGGAAACUCUGAAAGCCACAAAACGGCAAACAAGAUUACUGAGAGCAAAUUGUCGAUUAGUAGAACGAGUUCCGUUAAAGCAGGAAGAAUUCAUGUUAGCAGAACAGUACUUAUACAAAGCAGUUCAAGCGGAAGAAUAUCGAAGCGAAACGAAGAUACUUCUUCAUAACCGAAAUAGACCUGCAUCCCAGUGGCUGAAUGUUGAAACAUCAAGUCCAUUAUAUAAGCUCACUCCAUUGAUAGAUCAAUAUGGACUAAUACGCAUGGAAGGGAGGACGAAGAAUGCAGAUUUUCUUCCUUUCGACAUGCGAUUUCCGAUUAUCUUACCAAAAGACCAUCUUCUAACUGAUAAAUUAGUACAACAUUACCAUGAGAAGUUUGGUCACGGUUACAGGGAAACGGUAAAAAACGAACUAAAACAGCGAUAUUACAUUCCAACUCUAGAUAGAGUAGUACACAGAGUUAUGAGGAACUGUGUCUGGUGUCGAAUCCACCGAAGUCGUCCACAAACUCCCAGAAUGGCCUCAUUGCCCGUUCAGCGUUUAAUACCAUUCCAACGUCCUUUUAGCUACGUGGGAGUUGAUUAUUUAGGCCCGUUCGGUGUGUCAGUUGGCCGUCGUAUAGAGAAACGAUGGAUAGUAUUAUUCACGUGCUUAGUCGUGAGGGCCAUUCACUUAGAGGUUGCUCACAGCCUGAACUCGCAAUCUUGUUUGAUGGCUAUUCGGAGAUUUAUCUGCAAACGAGGGCCUCCCCUCGAGAUUUUCUCAGACAACGGUACUAACCUUAAAGGAGCCAGUAAGGAACUAAUAAAGGUGAUUCACCAUAUUGAUGAAGACUGCGCAAAUGAGUUAACCAACGCUCGAAUGAAAUGGAACUUUAAUCCGCCAGCCACCCCGCAUAUGGGAGGUGUUUGGGAAAGGCUAGUUCGGUCAGUGAAAGAUGCGCUGGAAGUUAUUGAUGAUGGAAGGCGUCUUACGGAUGAGAUUUUACUGACAGCAAUAGCUGAAGCUGAGGAUAUGAUUAACUCACGUCCUUUGACCUACGUGCCGCAGUCAGCAGAUGAGAUCGAAACACUAAGUCCGAAUCACUUUCUUCGUGGAGUAUCGCCCAAUGAAGCUCAGUCAACACCUCCUCCACCGUACUCAGCAGAGGCUCUCAGAGAUGCCUAUAAAAGAUCACAGCAACUAGCCUCGGAAAUGUGGAACCGGUGGAUUAAAGAAUAUGUCCCCACUUUAAACGGUCGUGCCAAGUGGUUCAGUGAAACGAAGGGUUUGAAAACCGGCGAUUUAGUCUACGUAGUAGAAGGAGCUAAACGUAAACUCUGGGUGCGAGGAAUGGUCGAAGCUCCCAUAAUAUCUAGUGAUGGACGUGUUCGCCAAGCUUGGAUUAGAACUAACAGCGGAGUAUUCAAAAGGGCGACAGCCAACCUUGCAGUAUUAGAGAUUGGAAAUGGUAACACUGAUCCGGAUAACGCUAUCGUGUCAGAAUUACGGGCUGGGGAAAUGUUGAGGGCAACACCACGGAGACCGAAUGAUGCUUUGUGCAACACGACGCCGAAGAAGGAUGGUAAACGUCAACAGGAAGAAAGCGGAAAGAAAGAGAAGUAAGGAAACGUAAGGUUGAAUAAUCAAUGUGUUAAAACUCUGAAGAUAGAAGCAAGGUGAAAUUUAUCGAAUAAAAGUUAAUUUAGUAGUACAAGUUGUGGUGAGGAUAGAAAUUCUAGAAGGAGAAAAGAGUGAUAGUUUGGAUACGUGAAAGGGUAUAAAAAUAGAAAUUUUGUUAUAAAAAAUGAUACCUAAACCUUAACCUAUUAUCACAGAUUACAGAAACCUUAACCUAUUAUCACAGACAGUUAUCACAUGUGGUUAACUUAGAAUAAAACGUGCGAAAUUAACAACUACUGAGAAGUAACAUACAGUUCAGUAUAAUUUGCGGGUGAAUCUGCAGGAGGAAAGUUGGAAGAAAUGUAGAACACCAAUAAUUGUGAGUAAUUUUAUUCCUUUGUGAACUGAAUGCAAUCAAUGAAAAUUCAUAAUAAACCAAUUUUUAGCUUUGAUCUGCUAUAUAGAAAGCUGAUACGAAGAGUGUUUUCAUUCCACUCCGAACAAGCUCUUAUCAAAAAAUUUAAAGAUAUAGAGCCGUUUUUUUUUGGAAAGCUGUUAGGAAUGUCAGAGUAUACAUUAUGAAAACCAUGUUGAUUGAGAACUUGUCCAAUGAAUGGUGCUAGUUGACAAUUUGACGAUAGAAAAUUUAUAAUGUGAUAUCUCUAAACCCUGAUGAUAUAGAAUGUUGGUGUUUUCGGAAAAAAAUGUCCCGGAGUUAAAAACAGAUCAAAUAGUGUAAACAGUAUCUGAAAAUUCUCCAAUUGAUGGUGCUAAUGUGCAAUUCAAAGUUGAAAAUUUAUGUUGAUUCAUUCAGAUGGUUUCUUCGAUAAGUUGUUCUAGAGUGUCAAUACCUAUUAAAUGAUUGACUAAACAGUUCGUAUUGUAUCUAUAUAGGUAGUCUUCAGUAACUA